UUACUCACACCUUUCUACACUUGAAGAAGAAGUACCACUUUCUUCCAAAAACAUCCAUGAAAUCUGCACUUCUAAGAACCGGUUCAUUCCCGCUCCAACAACUAAACCGGACUCCCUCACAAACGGGAAUGAUUACCAUUCCUUCCUCCCCAAGAAUCUCACUCCGGUCAGGAAAUAACAAUACUAUCUUUUCGGGAAUCAAGAGGUCUAACUCAGAUACCGAGUUGAAUCGGUCAGAGUUGAUCAACUCUCGGGUUAGCCGAGUCGGGUCGGUUUCUUUCCCGGAUUUGGGUAUCAUUACUGAGGAGGAAUCAAAUGGAGGAAUCGGAAUUGGGAUUGGGAAUGGGAAAGGGAAUAACUAUGGGGGUAAAGGAAAAGAUAGUAACAAUAGUAGUAAUAGUAACAGUAAUGAAAAAAGUGGGAUUCAAGAGUAUUACCAAGAAAUGCUGAAAUCUAAUCCUGGGGAUUCCUUGCUUUUGAGAAACUAUGGGAAAUAUUUGCAUGAGGUGGAGAAAAAUGUAGAGAAAGCAGAGGAAUGCUAUGGAAGAGCAAUAUUAGCAAGUCCAGGAGAUGGGGAAUUACUGUCUUUAUAUGGAAAUUUAAUUUGGGAAACUACAAAAGAUGAAGAUCGAGCUCAAAUUUACUUUGAUCAAGCUGUUAAUGCCUCACCUGAUGACUGCGUGGUUUUGGGAUCAUAUGCCCAUUUCCUGUGGGAAGCAGAGGAAGAUGAAGAACAUGGUGAAGAGUUUAAACAUGAAAAUGCUGCUGUUCCUGCUAUUAUUGGAGCUUACUAGAUGCUUUAGCAGCUACGUAAAACAAUAAUAAAAGAUGGAUUAAAAGAAUAACAUAAGGGGAUAUAUAGAAUGUAAAAAUUUGUGCAACUUUUUUGUUUUGUUAUUUUUGCCAGUUGCCAAUUAUGACUUUUAUGAGAUGGAGAUGAAAGAGCCAAAUUAAAGAGGAUGAUAUAUAUGUAAUUUUCACUAACUUUUAAGUACUACUUCUAGGUAAUAAAACUGAAAGGAAGAAAUAUACAAGAGUAGAUGUUUUUUUCUAGUAUUA